AUGCAAUGCUACUCAGCCUUUAAAAGAGAAGGAAAUCCUGUCAUUUGCAGCACAUGGAUGAACCUAGAGAACAUUACCGUAGGAAAAACUGAAGAGAAUACACUUACACUUGAAAUUGAUGAGCCAAUUCUGGAGAGUUUCAUCAGAACAGCAUUUGGAGGUGUAUUUGUGAUAUCACAAGUUCCACCUCUUCCCUUCACUGAACUGUACCCACCAAAUCAAAUCAGAGACCUUGAUGCCACGUUUCAUGGGAAUAAAAUCCAUCUAACAUGGACAGCACCAGGAGAUGAUUUUGAUGUUGGAAAAGUUCAAUGGUAUACCAUAAGAGUCAGUGGAAGUAUUCCUGAUCUAAGAGAUAAUUUUGAAGAUGCUCUUCAAGUUAACACUACUGAUCUGUUACCAAAUGAGGCCAACUCCAAGCAAACCUUUAUGUUUAAGCCAGGAACUAUCUCAGAAGAAAAUCCAACCCAUUUGUUCAUUGCCAUUCAAGGUAUAGACAAGAGCAAUCUGACAUCAAAAGUAUCCAAUAUUGCACAAGUAGUUUUGUUUGUUCCCCUGGGAGAUCCUAGUCCCCCGUGAAACUUAACAUCCUGGAACUAGCAUCCCUACUUUGGUGCUGUUGGUGG